AUGGGGGUUCCGAACGGGUCUGGCGCCGAGACAUGCGUCCCCGUAUGUGCGUGGACGAGGUGCGGUUACGGCUACGUGGAUAUCCAGAGAACCAGGAGGCCCCCGGUACGCGCCCCAUCGCAUCUCCACAACCCGCGCAUCAAAAGAAAAACCGAGCUAGGUGCUAGCAUGAGGCGUGUGCUUGUGUUGUUGCUAAGGGGCUCGAGGCGCGGCGAGGGGCUCGGGAAGAAGGGUCUCAGUAGCUUAGACAAGCACCAGGCCAAGACCGUCUUGAGCGAGGUCAAUGGCAGCAGCAGCUCCGGGCCUGCGGCCCCGGCCAAAUUCACACCCGUAGGAGCGACGGAUGGAGGGCCCCUCGCCGCUGGACCCAAGGCCGUGAAGGAGCCUAGCUUCAAGGCGACGCUCAAGAUGCUGUCCAAGAGACCUCUGCCCACCGACCUCGGCGGUGGGAGGUAUCGGGUGGUCGAGACUCGGCCUAAGCUGGGCAAGGAUCUCAGUACCAUUAGCAUGGCGGAUGUCAAGACCUUAGUGGAGAUGGUCAAGAACAAGCUCAGGAACCGAGGCAUCACGGACGACAAGACCAUGAUCAUGGAGCGCGUGAUUGGACUCGUCGCCGAUCUACCUCACCAAUCGAGGCUCCGUGAGAACUUGACCAACAGUUUUCUCACGGAGCUGUGGAACACGCUCGAUCACCCUCCCCUUCUCUAUAUCGGUGAUCUCUACAGGUUCAGGACGGCAGAUGGGUCGCACAACAACCCUCUUCUCCCGAACCUCGGCGCCGCUGGGUCCACCUAUGCCCGCUCCGUGCGGCCCGGCAAGAUUCCCCUCGGUGCGCUUCCGGACCCUGAGCAGGUGUUUGAGGCUGUCAUGGCCCGACGAGAGUACAAGAAGCACCCCAACAAUGUUUCCAGCAUUCUCUGGUACUGGGCGUCCAUCAUCAUUCACGAUCUGUUCUGGACCGAUUACCGCGACUCCACCAAGACCAAGACUUCGUCCUACCUCGACCUCUCGCCCCUGUACGGAAGCAACCAGACCAUGCAGGACUCGAUUCGCACAUUCAAGGAUGGCUUGCUCAAGGUGGACUCGUUUGCCGAUAAGCGUCUGAUUGGCAUGCCUCCCGGUGUGCCCGUGCUACUCAUCAUGUUUAACCGUUUCCACAACUACGUGGCCAAGAACCUCGCCGAGAUCAACGAGGGCGGACGGUUCACGAAGCCCCGCGCGGACCUCCCCGAGGGCCCGGCCAAGGACGCGGCGUGGAAGAAGUACGACGAGGAGCUGUUCCAGACGGCGCGGCUGGUGACGAGCGGCCUACACCACGUGGACGCUGGACCCCGCCAGGAGAUGGGCAUCAACGUCGGCACCAAGGACGGAGCGGAGCGAGGCACGGGCAACAUCGUGUCGGCGGAAUUCAACCUGUGCUACCGCUGGCACUCGUGCAUCUCGGACAAGGACGACAAGUGGAUCCGGGAAUUCUACGGCUCCAUCUUGGGCGACCGGGCGGAGACCAUGACGACGCACGACAUGAUGGUGGCGUUUGUGCAGUACGAGCGGUCGAUCCCCGACGACCCGGUGGAGCGCACGUUUGGCGGGUACGAGAGGGACCCGGUCACGAAGCGGUUCAACGACGACGAGCUGGUGGACUGCAUCGCCUCGGCGGUGGAGGACCCGGCGGGCGCGUUUGGCGCGCGCAACGUGCCGCGGGUCAUGAAGCCCAUCGAGAUCAUGGGCAUCCUCCAGGGCCGCAAGUGGAACUGCGCGGGACUCAACGAGUUCCGCAAGCAGUUUGGCCUCAAGCCGUACGAGACCUUCGAGGACAUCAACCCCGACGAGGACGUGGCGAGCCACCUGCGCCAUCUGUACCAGCACCCGGACAACGUGGAGCUGUACCCCGGUCUCGUGUCCGAGGCGGCCAAGGCGCCCAUGGUGCCGGGCGUGGGUAUCGCGCCCACGUAUACGAUUUCGCGCGUCGUGCUGUCGGACGCUGUGUGCCUGGUGCGCGGCGACCGAUUCUACACGACCGAGUACCACCCGCGGGGGCUCACGAGCUGGGGCUACAAGGAGGUGGAGUACGACUUGGACCUGAACCACGGCUGCGUCUUCUACAAGCUGUUUAUCCGCGCGUUCCCCAACCACUUCAAGCCCAACUCGGUGUACGCGCACUACCCCAUGGUCACGCCCAAGGAGAACCUAAACAUCCUCACCAGUCUGCGCCGCGCCGACCGCUUCGACUGGGAGCGGCCCCGCCGGCAGGGCGAGCGCGUGGUCGUCGGCUCGCACGCCGCGGCCAAGUACGUCCUCGCCAACCCGGGCAAGUACCGCCCCGCCUCGUGCGACGAGGGCCUCGCCGCCGUGCUGGGCAAGGACGGCGCGCGGUUCAAGGUGUCGGCGAUCGGCGGCGGCGGCUCGGAGCCGCAGCAGCAGUGCUUGGGGACCAAGCUGCGGACGGUCGGCUGGCAGGCGGACGUCAAGGCGUUCUACGCCGAGGCGUCGGAGCGGAUCCUGGCGCGCAAGAGCUACCGUAUGGGCGGGACGACGCAGGUGGACCUGGUGCGGGACGUGGGCAACCUCUUGCCCGUGCAUUUUGCCUCGCGCGUGUUUGCGCUGCCGCUCAAGAGCGAGGAGAAUCCGCGGGGCGUGUUCGCGGAGCAGGAACUGUACCGCGCGCUGGCGGUGAUUUACGCGCGCAUCUUCUCGGACGAUGAUCCCGUGGCUUCGUUCCCGCGGUUGCAGGACGCCAAGGCCGAGGCGAGCAGGCUCGGGCAGGUGAUUGAGGGGAACAUCAAGUCGCUGCGGUCGGGCUCGUCGGUCGCGUUUGCGCAGAAGCUGAACAAGAAGGAUGCGCUGUCGGGGCAUGGAAGGGCCAUGGUGAAGGAGCUGGCGAAGGAGGGGCUGUCGAACCACGAGAUUGCGUGGGGGCAGGUUUUGCCGACGUUGGCUUCACUGGUUCCCAACCAGGCUGAGGUGCGCCCCUCGAGCGAGGACACCGACGCUGUCCUCUUGGGCUACGCCAUGGAAGGUAUCCGGCUGGCGGGCAACGCUGGUUUGGAUCGCGAGGCGACGGUGCACGACGUCAUCGUGGAGGCCGAUGGGCGCGAGGUGCCCAUCUCGCCGGGCGACCGCGUCUUUACAAGCUCUGGUCCGGACGAGUGCCUCACCCUCGAGGCCACGCGCGUGGGUAUCACGGAACUGUUCCGCGCGCUGUUCCGGCGCCGCAACGUCCGCCGCGUGCCCGGGCCGCAGGGCCAGCUCAAGAAGGUGGCGCGUCCGGAUGGCACCUCGGCGUACUUGACCGAGGACUGGGCUACGUUUACGCCGUUCCCGGCUUCGAUGAAGGUGAUGUGGGAUGAGGACGAGGAUGUCGGCGCCAUCCGCGUGUAA